AUGGGAGUAGUGAGCAGCAAGAAACUGGCUAAGGAGAAAGGGAAGAAUCAGUGGAAUUUUAAGGAGCCUCAUAUCGUCUUCCCAAAGACGCCUCCCCCACCUCUGCCUCCACUGGUUGUCUUCAAUCACCUUACUACACCAACUCCUGUUCUAAAACCUGAUCAAGAAGAGCACUAUGCAGUUGCCUUGUGGGAUUAUGAAGCCACGAAUGACCGGGACCUGAAGGUGGUGAAGGGAGAGAAGCUGCAAAUCUUGAUGAAAACUGGAGACUGGUGGUUGGCCAGAUCGCUUGUCACUAAAAGGGAAGGCUAUGUCCCUAGCAACUUUGUUACUCAAGUAGAGACUCUGGAAGUUGAAAAGUGGUUCUUCAAAACAAUCAGUCGGAGAGAAGCUGAAAGGGAACUCCUGGCUCCUGUCAACAAGACUGGUGCAUUCCUAAUCAGAGAGAGUGAAACAAUUAAAGGUGCCUAUUCCCUGACUGUGAAGGACACCACCUCUGCGGGAAAUGUUAUCAAACACUACAAGAUCCGGGCCCUAGAUGAUGGAGGAUAUUAUAUUUCUCCCAGGGUCACCUUCCCUUCACUAAGAGAACUGGUCCAACAUUAUUCUAAGAAAGGGGACGGUUUAUGCCAGAAGCUGACUAUGCCCUGUAUGAUUCUGGCUCCUCAGACCCAAUGGGCCCAGGAUGAAUGGGAAGUACCCCGGCAUUCUCUGAAACUGGUGAGGAAACUUGGUGCUGGACAGUUUGGAGAAGUCUGGAUGGGUUAUUAUAAAAACAACAUAAAGGUGGCCAUCAAGACCCUGAAGGAGGGCAGCAUGUCUCCUGAAGCCUUCCUUGCUGAGGCCAAUCUAAUGAAAACCCUCCAGCAUGACAAAUUGGUCCGUCUCUAUGCAGUGGUAACCCAGGAACCCAUCUAUAUUGUCACAGAGUACAUGGCCAAAGGGUCCUUAUUGGAUUUCCUAAAGUCAGAAGAAGGUUGCAAGCUGCCAUUCUCAAGACUGAUUGACAUAAUGGCCCAGAUUGCUGAAGGGAUGGCCUACAUCGAGCAAAGAAAUUCAAUCCAUCGAGACUUGAGAGCAGCCAAUGUCCUGGUGUCUGAGAGUCUGGGCUGCAAGAUUGCUGACUUUGGCUUGGCAAGAAUUGUAGACAGUGAAUAUACAGCCCAUGAAGGUGCCAAGUUCCCCAUCAAGUGGACAGCCCCAGAAGCCAUUAAUUUUGGCGUGUUCUCCAUCAAAUCUGAUGUUUGGUCCUUCGGAAUUCUCCUGAUGGAAAUUGUUACCUAUGGGCGGAUUCCUUACCCAGGCAUGACCAACCCAGAGGUCAUUCGGAAUCUAGAACGAGGCUAUCGAAUGCCUUGCCCUGAAAUGUGCCCAGCGGAGCUCUACAGCAUCAUCAGCAAGUGUUGGCGCAACCGGCCAGAGGAGCGGCCCACCUUUGAAUACUUACAGUCUGUACUGGAGGACUUCUACAUAGCCACAGAGCAACAGUAUGAACUGCAGCCCUAGAAGAUGGCACUGCCCUCGACCUCAAUUCUAGCCUUUUAGCAGAGCCAAAGAGGUUCCUCAAUUGAGUCCCAAGCAUUUCUUUUGUUGUUCAGUAAUUUUUCAUGCCUGUUCUUCAAGACCCCAUUUGGUACCUUAGCAGAGAUCCUGGAGUGGUUUUUCAUUUCCUUCUCCAGCUCAUUAUUACAGAUGAGGAAACUGAAGUAAGCAGAGUUAAGUGGCUUGCCCAGGGUCAUUCAGCUAGUAAGUGUCUGAGGACAGACAAAUUCAAAAAGAUGAAUCUUUCUGACUCUAGAUCCAGCACUCUAUCCAUUAUCCUCUUGACCAACAGGAUAGAGGGACUGGGAUAAAAGACAUUUAUAGAGAAAAAAUUGUUCCUCAGAUAAAUAACUUUGCCCAACAGGGUAGUAGGUAAGUAAAAGGAGAUGAUAAUCUAAAUGGUAGUUACUGAGCCUGAAUCAAUGAUUAGAAAGUCAUCAUUGAUGAGGGACCAAUCCCAAGCCAUCUGAGAAUUCCAGAACUGAAAAGCAGAAUUAGCUGUCUCUGUUGUCUUUGAAAAAACCCAGGCAGAAUGGAGAUUCUCUUGGUUUUCAGAUGAGGACCCCAUAGUCUGGCAUGACUCGAGAAUUUUGAAAUGUUUUAUCCAACAAAUGCCAUAUCUUCAUAUGUGUAAUAUGAUCUUUUGGUGGGAAAUAUAAUAUAUGUUACCUUUUUAUAGUCUGUAAUAUCUGAGAAAAGAAAAGAUUUGAAUCUUGUGAAUUGGCUUGUUUUCCAUAAUUGGAAACCCAAAGGCAUCAUGGCAUUUCGGUGGAAGGGCCAGUGACUAAGAGGCAUUCACGAAGUCCUGAGCUCUUGCUCUUUACUGCUUAGGGGAUUGGAGGGAAGUCAUUUUACUUUUCUGAGCCUGUUUCCUUUACUAAAAAAAGGAAGUAGCCAGUCUUGAUGUCUUAUGCUUCUUCUGUCCCCCAUGAGUGCUUGAAGUGGAUUAUUUCUCAAAUUCCUUGAGAUUAGGGACCAUCCUUUAUCUUUUUAUCUCAACCAUCAACAUACACUGAAUAUAUAGGAUAUAUUUAAUUAUUUGUUGUACGUAGCAGAGUGCCUGACAAAUAGUAAGCACUUUAUUAAUGCUUAUUGAUUGAAUGCUAGAUAAAUAAAUGAAUGAAUACUCCCUUU